CUUUACCUGGUUGAAUCAGGGAGUUGGUUGAAGUUGAAUAUAUGUCCUAUUUGACUGAAGGUCAAACUUUAAAUAUUGUAUUUUUUUUGAGAAACUAUAAGAUUUUUCUCUUUGAAUGUUUCAAUAAUUAGUUUGUAAAGGAAUUUCCUUGCCGUUUUUCCGACAACUCAUCAGGUUUGGGGUGGUUAUUAUUACAUUGUCUCCAUGGAUACAAAUGGUCCUACUGUACGUGUCAUAAUACAGCAAUGUCUGUCAGCACGCUUACAGGUGCAGCCCCCAGGUGAUUCACAAGCUGCAGAGUAUGUCAAGGUUAGGCGGGGAGUGGUGUUGUAUUUAUGCUUUCUAAAGGGGGCUACGCUCGAGAUCAUCCCAAAAGUAGUAAAAGCAGCAUUGAAUGUGAAAUUAAGCGAAUGUGGCUCAUCGGAAGAAAGAGCCAAAGUGUCAGUUUUGGACCUUCCUGGAGAUGUACUCAUAGUUCCACAGGCAACUCUUGGAGGGAAAUUGAAAGGCAAAAGUAUGCAGUAUCAUUCCAACAUCUCCAAAGAAGACGCUCUUUCUCUUUAUCAAGAAUUUGUUCAAUUGGUUCAGGAAUUGGUAACAUCGGAACAUCAAAAGAAAAAAGAGCAAGCAGGCUUAGAAAAUAGAGCACAAGCUCCGAAAGUUAAUUAUGGGACAUAUGGGAAAAGACAAGUGCUCAGCGUGGAAACCAACGGACCAUAUACACACGUUCUUGACUUCUGAAACAUCUGCUCGACUUCAUACAAAAUAAUUUAAUAAAGUAUAACUUCAAGGGUUUUGUAUACCCUUUGUGGAAAAAGAAUUUUCCAAUAUCCUUCCACUUGAUAAUCUAUAAUGAAACAUCAAGAUUCAUAGACUGGUCCACUACAACUCAUUAGAUGAGGAAUAAAUAUAAAAAAUGUGAUCAAAUAAAACGUGUCAAUAUGUUUUUUUAAACAUUGUAAUACUUAUUUAAUAUGACAAACGAGAGCAUAUUGAUAUCAACUAUUGAUAUGUAGAAUAAUCGUAAAACGAUAUCAUAAUAUAAAUAUUAAGAAUCCAGAAUUAUUAAAAGUUUCUAUAAAAUGA